AUGGAUAAGGAAACAGCACCUCAUAAGAUACCUGACUUUUAUUGCUGCUAUCUUCUACGCUCCAUUCCUAAACCUCAGUCAUUCUACAUUGGAUCGACGCCUAAUCCUGUCCGGAGGUUGAGACAGCAUAAUGGCGUUUUAACUAACGGAUCUGCAUACAGGACAAAGAGGGAAGGUGCACGGCCCUGGGAAAUGGCUAUGUGCGUUCAUGGAUUUACAAGUAAAAUUGCUGCUUUACAAUUUGAACAUGCUUGGCAGCACAGCUAUCAUACACACUACAUACGUGAUGAAGAUCGAAUAGUAAAGAAAAAGGCGGCGGGUCGCACAUUCCACCACAAACUGGGAAAUGUAAGACUUCUUCUCAACAACCCUUACUUCAGAUAUAUGGAUCUUACCGUUCAUAUGUUUAGUUUGGAUGCUCUUAAGAUAUGGGAAGAAGAUAAAUUUGUUCUUGGAGGUGACAUAAAUAUCAGUAUCUCUGAGAAUUCCAUACAAGGAACGCAAUCGAGUGACUCGGACAUCAUAGAAGAAUAUUCAUCGAAUAAUAUGCGGUUAGUCGAAGAGCUCUACAAAUCUAUUUUGAAAGAACAUAAGCUGCUAAUGGAGUACAUGCUAAAUCGACUGUUCGAAGGAGAAACUAAAUGUCAAAUCUGUAGACAAACAUUUAACUAUGUGGAAGAAACUAUGAGACCACUGGUAGCGUUUUGUUUGAAUAUUGAUUGUAAUUUUUCGUCUCAUCUUGCCUGUCUGCAUCGGGUCUUUCUAGAUGAUGACCGGAUAACUAAAGGAGUCCAUAUUCUGACCCCGAUGUUAGGCGGAUGCCCUUUCUGUGAACGGCAUAUGCCUUGGCCAAAAAUUGCCAAAUUUUCAACGCAUGCGCGGAGCGAGUUUGAACUGGGAGAUUCGCAGCGCAAGAAGAUAUGA